AUGGGAGGUUCCACUGGGGCCCCGCGCCUCCUCCACGCCCCACACCCCCUCCUCUGUCUGCUCUGCCUCCUCCCGCCGCUGCUCAGAGCUGCCGGGCCACGCCAGGUGCCCACAGACCAGCCCCUGUGGGCGAUGCUGGAGCAGUACUGCCAUGAGGUGAUGACUCUCGCCAACCUCUCAGGUGCCUAUACCUACUGCAACACCACCUUGGACCAGAUCGGGACGUGCUGGCCCCGGAGCGCCGCCGGAGCCCUGGUGGAGAGGCCGUGCCCUGAGUACUUCAACGGCGUCAAGUACAACACGACCCGGAACGCCUACAGAGAGUGCUUGGAGAAUGGGACGUGGGCUUCACGGAUCAACUACUCACUGUGCGAGCCCAUUUUGGAUAAUAAGGAGAGGAAGUACGACAUGCACUACCACGUUGCCCUCAUUGUCAACUACCUGGGUCACUGCGUUUCUGUGGCAGCCCUUGUGGCUGCUUUCCUGCUCUUCCUGGCCCUGCGGAGCAUCCGCUGCCUGCGGAACGUGAUCCACUGGAAUCUCAUCACCACCUUCAUCCUGCGGAAUGUCAUGUGGUUCCUGCUACAGCUCAUUGACCACGAAGUGCAUGAGAGCAAUGAGGUCUGGUGCCGCUGCAUUACCACCAUCUUCAACUACUUUGUGGUGACCAACUUCUUCUGGAUGUUCGCAGAGGGCUGCUACCUGCACACAGCCAUUGUCAUGACCUACUCCACCGAGCGCCUGCGCAAGUGGCUCUUCCUCUUCAUCGGAUGGUGCAUCCCCUGCCCCAUCAUCGUUGCCUGGGCCAUUGGCAAAUUCUAUUAUGAAAAUGAACAGUGUUGGUUUGGCAAGGAGCCUGGUGACCUGGUGGACUAUAUCUACCAGGGCCCCAUCAUCCUCGUGCUCCUGAUCAAUUUUGUAUUUCUCUUCAACAUCGUCAGGAUCCUAAUGACGAAAUUGCGAGCGUCCACCACAUCGGAGACAAUCCAGUACAGGAAGGCAGUAAAGGCCACUCUGGUUCUGCUGCCCCUUCUGGGCAUCACCUACAUGCUCUUCUUCGUCAACCCUGGGGAGGACGACCUGUCGCAGAUCGUGUUCAUCUAUUUCAACUCCUUCCUGCAGUCAUUCCAGGGUUUUUUUGUAUCUGUCUUCUACUGCUUCUUCAAUGGAGAGGUGCGCUCGGCCGUGAGGAAGAGGUGGCACCGCUGGCAGGACCACCACUCCCUCCGCGUGCCCGUGGCCCGGGCCAUGUCCAUCCCCACGUCGCCCACACGGAUCAGCUUCCACAGCAUCAAGCAGACGGCCGCCGUGUGAACCCUCUGCCACCCUGCCGCCCGUCACUCCACCUUCGGGACAGCUUCCCCGUCCUUGUCUGGCGCCCGUCUCUGGGUUCACCUUGCUGCACAGGCCCUGGUGGGGGUAGAAGGGAGGGAAGAGACCAACUCUCCCGCCGGUCCAGCCCAGGAGAGGCUGUCAGGAGCCAGGGCUGGCUGAGCUGGAAGUGUCAGUGCAGAGGGAGCAGAGGGAAGUCACAGGGACCGGACCCACCCCCCUCCCAGAGGAGAGAAGUUUACCCGUCUUCAGGCAUUUGCCCACACCAGCCUCUUUCAUUGCAUCCCCAUUCAUAAAUGAGAAAACUGAGGCCUAGAGCUAGGAGGGGCCUGCCCAAGUCUUAUAGCUAGUUCUCAGCAGGGGGUGGGGGCUGCCCUACUCAGAGCUGUUGAUCUCCCUGCCUUCUGCCUCCAUGCGCGGUGCCUCCCUCUGCAGUUGAGGGGGGUGGUCACAGCAGCAGGAAGUAAAGGGUUAAUUUGGCUUCAUCCCAGGGGUUCUCAACUAUACCCCACCCCAGACCAGGUCUCUCUGCUCCUCCCCAGCCAUCCUCCUGUCCCUGGGGUCCUGGAAAACCUCCUGCUUCCAGUCUUGGAGACCUCUUCUCCAUAGGCUCAGGGCCUUGGGGAGGGACACAUGUGGAGGAAGACCCAGCGAGGGCAGCCAUACACUCAGGCCAACUAGAUGCUUAGGCCAGAGAAAGGAGGAGGAGGAGGAGGAGGAGGCUGCCCCCUCUCCCCCCACCACCCUGCCCCGGGGGCAAGGAGUAGGGUUGGAACAUCAGAAACCAAAGUGGAUCUUUGGUGAUUGGAACGAAUCUCCCAGCCCCCCACCUCGGACUGGGUUUCAUUUCAGCCUCCCCUUGGGAAACAUCUCUGCUGUCGGUGCAAUAAACCAUGCCUCUGUGGAAA